GACGAUAUACAUCAACAAAGUCCAUGGGAGAGGGGGAGAUGUCUGCGUUGUGUAUUUUCAUACCACCCCUCUGCCUCGGUUGUUCCUCCCAGUCUUGUCUCUGAGGUGUAUCGAUCUAAAGGAAUUUUUGGGUGAAGGUAUUUGAGUUGGGUUUUUGAGGUUUUUGAUAGAAAAGGUUUGGAAGUAAAGAUGGCAGCUUCGACGUGGGCAGCAGCUUCUACCAUGGCGGCUUGCGGGACAGCGCAGCGGUGUAUGGCAUUGCCCCACCAGCACUUGCCAGUGUCGACGAUGAUGUCCAGCAUGGCUUCGGUUGGUUCGCCCCACGCUCAGCUUCGGCUGAAGAGCCCUGACAUGAGGAGAGGUUUUUGGGUCGCUUCCCGGGCGAAUGUAGCGGCGACGGAAGCUGCAGCUGCUGUGGCGGAAUCCCCGAAGCUAGUCGAGGCGCCUGUGUCGAUUGUCACAGGUGCCUCUCGUGGCAUUGGAAAGGCUAUUGCCCUUGCUCUUGGGGGCGCUGGAGGAAAGGUGCUAGUAAACUAUGCACGAUCAGCCAAGGAGGCUGAAGAAGUUGCCCAACAGAUUGAGGAGUUGGGAGGUUCCGCCCUUGUCUGUGGUGGUGAUAUGUCCAAGGAGGCAGAUGUUGAUGCACUAUUUAAAGCCGCCAUGAAUAAGUGGGGCACAAUCGACAUCUUGGUGAACAAUGCUGGAAUUACGAGGGAUACUUUGUUGAUGAGGAUGAAGAAGGAACAAUGGCAGGAUGUCAUUGACCUCAACCUCACUGGCGUUUUCCUCUGCACUCAGGCAGCAACAAAAGUGAUGAUGAAGAAGAGAAAGGGAAGAAUCAUCAACAUCUCAUCAGUAGUAGGUGUGACGGGAAAUGUUGGACAAGCUAAUUAUGCCGCAGCUAAAGCAGGAGUGAUUGGCUUCACUAAAUCGGUUGCUCGUGAGUACGCUGGUCGCAAUAUUACAGUGAAUGCUGUGGCUCCUGGUUUUAUUUCAUCUGACAUGACAGCAAAGUUGAGCAAAGACAUUGAGGAGCAAAUACUCAAGAACAUUCCCCUGGGGAGGUAUGGUGCACCAGAGGAUGUCGCUGGGCUGGUGAAAUUCCUAGCAACAGACCCAGCAGCAGCUUACAUUACUGGUCAGACUUUCAACAUCGAUGGAGGUAUGGUGAUGUAAUAGCUUCAUGAAACUCGUGGUCCUCUCCUCGGCUGUCUACCGCUAGGCUGUCGAAACGGAUACGCUUCUGUGCAUACAUGCACGGCGGGGUUCAAGAACCUGGUUCCUGUGUAGGCUCUGGAUUGUUUGUAUCAUUUUACCCAAAUUUUUGCAAGUUUUGUUUUUCCAGAUAAUGUAUCACGCUGUCAAGGUAGUAGGAACUUGGUGUAAGCUCCUCUCACGAGCAUGACAGCUUACCUUUGGUUGAUCAUUUAUUUGUGAGAGUAAGUUAAGCUUGGGUAAACCUGGACUUCAAUACAACUCUGCUUUAGGACAGUAUUAGAUGGAGGUAAUCUUGUUUGAACACUUUUUUUUCCUUAGUUUGAGAAUUGAUUUUGUUCUGCAGCUGCUCAAUGAUAUUAAUGUCAAUUACCACGUGAUGUGCCUCCGUGACCCAGUUAUCUGCAA